UCACAUCUCAAAUUUCAUCUUCGAGUACAGAACUGCUGAUGCUGACGAGUACACGUGUUGGCGCGAAUAAGUGGUUAACGCCAUCUUGAGUAGCGACGCCCUGGCCAGAGGCUAUAACUAAACAAUCGCCUUUGGAAGUUGUGUUUGUGUUACUUAUCAGCUUCAAUUCAACGACAUAACGUCUGUUGCUGUCAACGAAGACGUCGUAUUCCGUUUGUUUGACGUUGUUUUAUUUACGAAAAACCAAAGAAGGAGGUCACUCCUUGCGGUAGAGUAUACAGCAACGGGUUCGUUUCUAAUUUUACUUGGACGUACUCUUUAGGGCCAAAAAUGGAAUCGGCGAUCAUACACCUAGAGCAAAGCGUUCAGGAGGCAGAUGGAAAACUUGACAUGAUAGCAUGGCAAAUAGAUGCUUUUGAGAAGGAAUUUCAAAACAACGAUACAGAGAGUGUAUCUGUGCUGCGAUUACUUCGAUCAGUGACUCAAGUCAAGGAGGAGUACCAGGUGCUGCGACAAGACAUACAAGAAGUUCAGCAAUUGCAGAAACAGCUCACUGACUCUCUCAGAGCUCAGCUAAUGCAGGUUCAUGGGCAUUUCAAUGUUCUGCGCAACAGGAUUGUCGGUCGCAAUAGGACGCCUCAACUUAAGUAAAAAUAGUUUUCAAUGUUUACUGCUUCUAGCUUUAUUUCGAUUACAAAGAGCCUUCAGUGGAUCCUUUUUCACUCAAUGUUCUGUGAUAAUUUUACUGUUAAUGUUCUAAUUAUUUUUUUCAUUUGAUUUAUAAGUCAUCAUAAUUUUUAGCCCUAAACAAUUCAUACAAUCAUGCUUUAAUUCAGAAAAACAACCAAUUGGUUGUAUUUUGCCAUAUUUACUAUAUUUUUUAACUUUUAAAAUCAUUUGGGCUUCAAAAGAUAAAUUAAAAAUAUUAAUUAGGAUGACAGAGCUAAUCUACAAUUUUAAGUAUUGAAUUUGACAGUAGAGAAUGCAAAAUGGUGUUGUUUGUUAAAAAUUCAAAUGACCAAGUUGCACUUGACAAAAGCAACGUGGUUAACAUGCUUGUGCAUAUAUAUCGCUUUAUAAAACAGCUCCCAAUAAAACGGAGUCUUGAACACUGGGCAAUUGAAAUUUGCAUGAUCAUUUCUAAGUUAUUCUGAUAUUAAAUAGAUCUUUACAAGUUUUCUAAUGCACUUUAUAGCUUAUGCCAAUAAAUUUUAAUGUACAUCUGAGAUCUAAACAAUUACGAGACAUGAAAAUAUAUAUGCAGUUAGUAAAAUAAUUAUUUUUCCACUUCACAUCAGUUUUGAGCCGUAUAUAGAGGCUUGUGGAUAAAAAUAUUGGUGUACAAAAUGUACUUUUGAUGUAAGCUGAUUAAAACAUGAUACUUUUAGUUUUACCUCUUUAGCACUGGGUUAAUCUUGACUAACGUUAAAAAAAAAAAAAUUGAGCCUAGUUAUUUUCUGUGUCGAAUAAUUUUUCCUGCGUUAGUAGAUAAUUUUUUGUGAGUAUUUUUGUAUUACAUUUAAAUUUCAGGAUGACUUAAAAAUAAGAAUAAAAAUAAAUUAAACUAAGGCUAUGGCUGUUACAAGUAAUCAUAAUAACGUAAAUGCAUUUCCAAAAAGUACGUUUCCUCUUUAAAGAAAUAAUUUCUUGCUUGCACGUCUUUCAAAAGUACAAGGGUGUAAACCCGAAAAUAUUUGCGUUUUUAGCAGAUCAGCCAGUAAAUAAAAAAUGCUCAAUAGCUUAUGAACCUAUAAAAAUGUCUGUAGGUACAAUUAUGAUACAAUAAACAUCCGAUCGUGUACACUCCGAAAUUUAUACUUUUUCUAUUUAUACUAAUUCUGUUGUAUAGUCCAAUUCCAAUGUUGUGUUCAAUUUCUGGGUGUAUUUUGUUCGUACCCGGCUCGCUACAGCCUGGAAAAAGCAUGAAAUUUUUUUUUGCUUUCCUGGUGAGCUUGUUUUUUGAUUUCGAGUUGUGAAAGUUGGUCAGCUCUUUGGUCUUUUGCUAGCAGCUCUCUUUUUAUUUCCGGUACUUCUCUUUCGGUCGUGCUACUGCUUUGUCUUUUUAAAAGGCUUGCUCGUUCGCGCAACUCGGUCUCUUCUUCACUCAAUCUCACUUCUUUGUAGUCCAAGUUUUAAGAUAUGACUGCAAGCGUGGCAGGCGGUAAGCUUUAUUUUGACGCGUGUCCGGCAUUAUUGAUAAGAUGAAAGAUUAUCAAGACAUGCAGCUCUUAAAAUGAUCUAUCCUCUCGUUAUCCAAUCAGUGUUCUUAAUUUAUACAUCAUUUUUUUAUUUUGCUCUUAUCUUCUGCCUCCCAUCUUGUUGAAAAUACGAUGUCACCUGUAUCUAUAAUAUCUGAUUCUUUUUACGUUUUUUUUUGUAUCCUGGCAUCUAAGAAAACUAAUCAAAAUCCUUAUCACCAUCUUGAAUACCAAGACCCUUGAUAUUAUAAUAUCAUUAUCUACCAUUAAUUUUCUUGCCGUUGUAUUUUUUGUAAUAAAUUAAAAAAUCUAUUUUCAUACUUCAAAGCUUGUUCAUAGAUGUGGUUUUCUUUACGGCUAUGCCCGUUUUGCUUCUAAAGUUGUUGAUAUAAACAUUUGUAUUGUUAUGACAGACCCGUACACAGACAAAUGAUUGUUUAGGCUAAUUUUACCAAGGAUGUAAAAAGGAUUGAACUUCAUUGAAGCUCAUCAAGUGUUCAAUCAAUACCCGUUUCUCUGCGGUAUAUGAUGUUAAAAGUGAGUAAACCCAAUCAGGGUUGGCUGUAAAAGAUAUAUCCAUUUUUUUAGAAAUGAGCAUAUAUUUAUUAAAUUUGUCCAUACUUACGUGGAAAGGUUACAAAAUACGUCAUUUCAAAAUUCUAUGACUGGCUGGAUCUUAACUUACCUAAGUGUUUACAAAAUCUGAAUUUAUCAUUUUUAAAGUUUUAAAAUUACAAAUUAUUUUUAUUUAAGACGCCAUGACUGGCUGGAUCUUAACUUACCUAAGAGUUUGCAAUAUUAUUUCAUCAUUCUUAAAGUUUUAAAAUUGAAUUGUUUUAAUUUAAUACGCUAUGACUGGCUGGAUCUUAACUUACCUGUUCGUUUACAAAAUUUCAUUUUAAUGUUUUUAAAGUAUUGAAAUUAACAAUCAUUUUAAUUUAGUACGUUGUGACUGGCUGGAUCUUAACUUAUAUUAGCGUUUACAAGUCAAAUUUAAUUAAUUUUCCGAAUAAUAUUUGUAAUAUUCAAAUUUCUUAAUAAAUUAGUAAUAACACUAAUUUUCGAAAAUAAAUUUCGAAUUUGAAACUCAUUGAUUGGCUAGACCUUUCUUCAUUUGAACGUUUACAUUAUUUUCUAAAUUCUAUUUCAACACAUCUAUUAAUACGUUUUAUGAAAAAUAAUCGACAAUUGUUAGUCUUCUCUUUAAUCUUCAGAGGUAAUUAUAACCUCCUGUCAUUUUAUUUCAAAUACGGUGACUGGCUGAAUCUUAACUUUUGAAGUGUUUGCAAUUUUUAAUUUAAAUCAAAUUUCUUCAAGUUGACGAUUUCAUUUCGGUCGUAGACGCAAAAUUUCGUGCUCAUAAAUAAAACCAGAUUGUUUAGAUAACAAUCGUAAUCGAAUAGACGUUUUGCUCCAAGCUUUUUAUCAAUCUUUAAACAAAGUAUCAUUUAUUCCUUAAUUUCAGGUAAAAUAUUGAAAUUAGUUCUCCCAUUUUAUCAUAAUCUAUAUCUAGUAAUAAUUCUAAAAAUAUUUGAAACCAUGAUUAUUUUUACAAUAUUGAAAUUAGACAACACUUGGAUGAGAGGCGUACAAAGUCUAAUAACAAAAAUAUAAGGUAACAUAGGUGAGGUAUAGUGAAAUAUAUAUAUAUAUAUAUAUAUAGAAUAACCCGAUCAGAAAUUUAAUGGGUUUGCCACCUUAGUUAAUGGGGUCCCCCUUAGGCUGCCUAGUUGGUACCCCAUUAGGCGCGUCACGGGGCGAACUGAGGGUCCAUCGUAGGCUGCCCCAAUAACCUAGCUAAAACUGUUGAAAACAAUAUAUAUUUCUGCGUUUGGGUUAAAUAUAUGUGACCGUAAUUUAAUUCUUCCUUAUCUGUACGGCCGAUAAACUCCAUAAUCUGCAUAGCAUGCAUGGUAAAUCAGGCACAUGCUCUUAUGAUAAUUGUAUCAAAUUUAAUGAUGUACCUACACAAAAAAUACAAAGGGUUAGGUAAACUUCCUUUCCUAUUGGGGCACACUAGAGAGGACCAUAUCUACGCCCCGUG